AUGCUCGACCACCCGGGCCAGUUCGUCUGCGACGCCCGCCGCCUCGCCGUCGGCUGCCGCGUCCCCGGCGUGGCCGCCGACGAGCUCCUCCAGCCGCGCCACGCCUGCUACUUCCUCCUGCCCAUGGACAUGCUCUACUCCGUGCUCACCCACGAGGAGAUGGCCGCGCUCUCCGACUCCCACGCCGCCACGGCCGCCGCCUCCUCCUGGAAGAGGAUCACCACCGCCGCCCACCGUGACCGCCGCCACGGCCGCCGCAGCGCGACCGGGGGCCGGGGCCGGGGACCCGCGAAGGACGAGGCCUCCAGCGAUGGCGCCAGGGUUUACCCGAUGCUCGGCCUGCUCGAGACCGGCGAUCUCGGCGCGGAUAAUAACAACAAACCUGAAAUACGCGCCGGACCCGCAGGCAAGUCGGGCGGCGGCGCCGGCGCUGGGUUGAGGCGGCACCGGUCGUGGCAUCCGGUGCUGGACACCAUCGAGGAAGUUCCGUGA